GUUUCUCCAACUCAACUUAACUUAGUUAAGCCAUUUUUUGGGCUUAUUCAUUUUCACCAUCUAGGCUAACCUAAGCCGAAAGUUAGCCUACCCUUUAGUUGGCUUAUUCUUGACUUACGACAGUGUUGCUGUAGUGCACAAUGUAAAUGAAAGAAAUAGUACUUAUUUCGUUUGUACAGCUAUAGCAACCCCGCUAUAAUAAUCUUGGCGUCUUUAUUUGAAGUGGUUUAUAUUUCUGUAAAUUUUUGUAAAUAAUAAUGGAUUUUGUAGAUUCAGAUGAAAGUGAUUUCGAUUUUGAUGUUCUACAAGUAAUCGUUCUUCGACGAAAAAGAAAAAUAAAAGAACGUCCUGAUUUUUUUCAUUACUACGAUGAUGUUGAUUUUCGUGAUCGAUUUCGUAUGUGCAAAGAUGCUGCUUGGUUUAUUUUUUCUUUAAUAAAAGAAAAAAUUUAUAUUGGAACACGCAACAACGCUAUGCAACCACAUCAAAUGUUUUUCAUUACACUCAGGUUCUAUGCAUCAGGAUCUUUUCAGCAAACUGUGGCAGAUCUUUGCGGCGUUUCAAAAACAAGUGCAUCACGGGCUAUUAAACUUGUAUCUCAUCAUAUUGCUUCUUUACGGGCAGAUUUUGUUAAACUCCCUCAGACGGAACAGGAGCGUUUGAGCACACAGGCUGCUUUUAAAGAAAUUUCAAAUUUUCCGCGUGUAAUUGGCGCAAUGGAUUGCACCCAUGUUAAAAUCAUGUCGCCAGGUGAUUAUGUAAGAUUACUAGUUAAAAAACAAUAGUAAUAGCACCAUUUCUAUACAGGAGGUGAUGAUGGUGAAGUCUUUCGUAACAGAAAGGGUUUUUUCUCGUUCAAUGUGCAAACCAUAUGUGAUAGCAAUUUAAAAAUAUUAGACAUUGUCGCCCGAUG